AUGCACUGGGCAGCCGAACGGACGUCCACAUCGUCUAUCUCUGCACUAAGUUUUACGUUUUGUUGUGGUGAUGGACGGGUACGGCUUCCAGCAUUUCAGCCAUUACCUACGUACCUCUAUAGUCUUCACAGUCCGUCUGCAGAGGCUGUUCGCUUCCGUACUAAUAUUCGGUCGUAUGAUUCGGCCUUCGCUUUUACUUCUAUUGACUGUACACCUACAACGCGCGGUGUGGGAAUGUCAGGUGUACAAGUGCUUCAGAUACACGGCGCUCUUCACCAUCGAAACGGUCCUAUAGAGGAGACUGGAGAAGAUAGUUUACCUUCGUACGCGCAGCUAUACUUCCAUGACCCUCAGUACGCUGCUUCUAUACGUGCUCAACGGAACCCCCAUCUUGACGAAAGGAUUCUACAACAACUUACGUCUAUGCUAUGUGAGGUUAACAAUCCGUACAUUAACAUUUACCGUACGGCAAAGGAGCGGCUAUGUGAGGCUGCCAGUAAUGACACUCGUGUUCUUCUAACAAGUAAUUUACGCUUCACGUUAGAAACAGGUACGGAUCGGCGACUGGAAAAUAUCCCAACAAGUGAUGAAGUCGCAGCGGUUAUUCCAGAUACGGCCGCAUCCGAAACAUGCCGUCCAAUCGUCCUUGAGGCGCGUAAUUCUUCUGCACUAUUUCGUAUCACCGCUACCCAUCCGACGUAUAUGCCUUUACAUUAUAUUCUCAUGUUUCCGUGCGGUGACAGCGGAUGGCACCCAGGACUAACACUAUCAGAGAAUUCCUCUCGUGCUAGCCUAAAGCUUACUUAA